GGCAGUUUGGUUUACGACAGCUGAUCCCUAGUGAUCCCAUCUUUUGUUUUGAGCUGUUGACCGUCACCCUUACCGGUAAUGGUGAUGUGGAUUGAAGAGAUUGUCACAGUCUCUACAUUGCGCAGUGGCAUUUGAGGGAUGCCCUCGUUGUUCAGGGUGUUCGGCCAGACACAUCAGAUGACCAUAUAUCGGUAAAUAGUGAUUACAUUCAGUGGUAUUUCCAGCAUACUCGUCGGUGGAUGACCCAGAGAUCGGCGAUCCAUUCAUAUGUGAGUGAUCAUAUGGAGACGGUUGUCCACGUGUCAUCAGAUGAGGCGCGAGAUACGUUCUUCUUUGGUCAGAUUUACCAAGAGGCAGUUCGAGCUCUAGCCGCAUUCGAUGAGUUUGGUAGGUUGACAGACCCUGGUGAUCCUGGAUCAUCGCCUACCGUUGUUCAGACAGUUGAGCCUCCCUGUCCCGAGAGUCGUAGCCAGCGUGCUCGCCACGAGGAAUUACCUCUACAUUUUCAGACUCCACCAGUUGAAGAUCGGCCUGUGAUUUUGCAGACUCUCCAUCCCCGUCCCGUGGGCAUGUUUUAUGCACCGGGGUACCCAUCUGGGCCAUCGCAGCAGUAUUGGUGGCCACCACAGUAUGUGCAAGGCACAUCCAGUAGUGAUUAGCCGGGAUUCCCACCAUCGCAGUA